UUUUCAUACCUUUAUGAAAUUUUACGGAGUGCAUUAUAGUGUUUUAAAGAUAUCCUUUAUGUUCCACUCCAUGAUUUCGAGGCACUUUAUACCUGAUUCCGUUACCUUUCUUCAUAAUUUACUACUAAGGUUAGUGGAAUGAGCUUUUUAAAAAAAAAUCUUCCCCUGGCUGCACUACAAUCGCCACUAUUUGAUUGUUUCUUCAAUAAAAAUACGUUCAAUGGAGAAUCGAUUUUUCUUAAAACUUAAGAACUAAACUUUCGUCGGCCAUGGUCAUCCGAAACGUCUGCUCUAUAACUUUCGUCGCUAAUACUUUUUAUACAAAGCACUUUAUGGCCCUAACGAUUCUACCCCAAACAACUACAGGUUGACUUACCUCAGAAUUGAGAAGUCCUUCGCUAACGACCGCGGAUUGAGAGUAUCCAGGUAAGAGAGGUUGUUCGUUGUUUGUUUUCUCUGGUGGGGCUACUUGGCUAACUGACGGAUUGAAGCCAAAGUUGCAGAGUUUUUUAAGUAGGGACAUGACAGGAAUCAAAACUGUAAAAGGGGCAAGGUUAUUAUUAGAUACGGAGGGAUUUGGACAACUCUUACUUGGUUUGUUGGAGAUUGGAGAUCUAUCCGAAAUGAUACAGGUUGUUGACCCCGCAUUCGAAGACUAUCGAAACUAGGAACUUCCCAGGUGGUCCUUGCUUGCCGGAUUCUAGUUGUAUUUCAUCAAAAAGCCUGUUAACAACUCAAAAGGUAAAAUUUUCAUUAUUUCUAGUUUAAUGAUGUUUUAAUUGUUUUUUUUUCAAUUUCAGAUGUCAAAACUUUUCUGAUGAUAAUGAUCGUGCUUGAAAAUCUGUUCUCAUUUUUUUGUCUUACAAUACAUUAGUCAAUUUAGCAAACAAUAGUUUACCGAACAAAAUUCGAAUGUAUAGCCCACCUUCUUUGAACAUCAUCUAAUGUAUUACUACUUUUUUCUUUUAAAUAAAAAUAAAACAACGCAAAACCAACAACAGGGCGUGUUCAUCUUCAACCUGGUGCAGUGGACCCCGGUCAAGUACCUCGGUUACUCGUAUCCAUUCUGGGCCCACGCCUUCGGCUGGUUCACCGCCCUGUCCUCGAUGCUGUGCAUCCCCGGCUACAUGUGGUGGCUCUGGAAGAACACCCCUGGCGAUCGCGCUAACAAAAUCCGACUCAUCGUCAGAAUCGAAGACAGCGUGGCACAGUUGCGCGAGAGGAUGCAGGCCGACCAGGAGAAGGCCAUGGAGAUGUAAGGAGCUGUGUGAGAGAGAUAGAGAUCGAAAGAUCUUCCAAUCGAACAUAACCCGAACGAACUCUACUCUGCUGCUUCCCCGUGAAAUCUUUUAAUACUAGUUGACGACGAGAUGUGACAACGCGACCCCGCAUGCGAUCUAGCUUAAGAUGAAAACUGAACGCGCACCACCCUAAACUUCAUUCACAAUCAGCAAUUUGUUGGAAGUUACGAUUUUUUCCUUAAGUAUUGUUGUGAAUGAUGUAAGAAAGCCCCCCAAGCUGGCUGCUUUUUUUUUUGUUUUUGUGUAAGGCUUUCGAUGGAACGAUUCCUCAUCAUUCUCUGUUGGUUUUACUACCACUUUCAUUUUGUAUGGAUCCCCCUUGAAAUGCAAUCCAGUUUUCGGUCCAUAGCGUAAUGUGACGUUUUUAACUCUACUGAACCUGUGUGUUGAGCGUUAUCUUCAACUGCUACUAGCAUAUACAUAUAUUUGUACUAUUGUUUUAUUGGUUAGGAAGUACCAGGUAUAAGUUGUAAUUUAUUUAGUAAUUAUUUUACUAACCAAUAGAUGUUCCGAUAGGGUUCACACCGACCUUUAAUCAAAUUUCGUUCACCUAGAAAGAUAAAAAAUAGAAAAAAUACACCCACCUACCCACAAAAUUAACCAUAUUAUUGUAAUAAAAAGUUACACAACACAACUAAGGGAAACCAAUGCUGCUACUAUAAAUACACUUUAAAGAGUAAAUUUAAUUCUAUACAUAAUAGCUAGGAUACGUUUGAGAACUUUUGCUUAAUGCUGUUUAAACUACUAUUAACGAGGAAGAAAAUAUUUAGAAGAGAAAAAUUAAACUAACCAACAAGAACAACAACAAUCCCUCGGAUAGGUUUCGGAUUAGCUGUUAAAAUUACUACUAAUACUACUAGCAGUAAAUUAAAUAUUCGAGCGAACACAAGGCAAAGCGAACUAACACCAUCAAUCAAUCAAUCGAGCAAUGGCACCCCCACUAAUUACUAACUAACGCAACAACAACAACAAAAAAUAUAGGAAACAGAAGAAAAAACAACUCAAUCUAGCAUUUUCUAGCGUUACUGACUCCGCAGAGUCACACGAGCGAAGUAAAGUUCCUAUCAGUGUCUAGAGAAAGAGAGAGAGAGAUAUGUCUAGGAGUCAGUGAUGAAUAAAAAAUGUUAUUUGUA